ACACAGCACCCGGCUCACCUGUUACCCAAACUGGCUGUGCGCGUCUCACAAGCCUGUCAAUUCCGCGGUGUUUGCUGUGACACACACACAAACCUUAGUUUGCGACCACUAAACCACUACUUUGUGUUUAUCGACACUUCUCUGCCUUCCAGGCCGCGCACAGUUGCUGACUGUCGGGGGAAAUGGAACCUCUGCGGGGUGAGGCGAAGGAUAAUCCAGCGGCUUCGGCUAAUCUUUUCUCCAGGACGUUCUUCUGUUGGCUGAAUCCCUUGUUCAGAACUGCCUACAAGAGAAGGUUGGAGGAGGACGACAUGUACAGAGUCCUACCAGAGGAUGCGUCUCAAAGACUUGGGGAUGAACUCCAGUGGUAUUGGAAUGAGGAAGUCCGAAAGGCUGCAACAGAUCUGCGUCCACCAGAACUUACCAGAGUUCUUCUCCAGUGCUAUUGGAGAUCGUACCUAGUCAUUGGCAUCUACAUCUUUAUAGCGGAGAUCAUCAAAGUUAUCCAGCCAGUGCUACUUGCGAAGCUGAUUGAGUAUUUUGAGAGGCACAACCUCGUCGACUCGGCUGCCGUUCACGAGGCCUACGGCUUUGCUGCAGCCAUCUGUCUGUCGACCGUCGGCCUGGCCACUCUUAACCACCUCUAUUUCUACAACGUCCAGCGAGUGGGGAUGAAGAUACGAGUAGCCAUGUGCCACAUCAUCUAUCGGAAGGCUCUGUGUCUGAACAGCAGAGCACUCGCCAAAACUACCACGGGACAAAUUGUCAACCUUUUAUCCAAUGACGUCAACAAAUUUGAUGAGGUAACCAUGUUUUUGCACUUCUUGUGGGUUGCCCCCUUGCAAGCAGCAGCUGUCACGUUAUUGUUGAUCUGUGCAAUUGGCCCUUCGUGCCUCGCGAGAAUGGUCGUCUUCUUUCUGCUUUUGCCCAUACAGAUCAUGUUUGGACGUUUGUUCUCCAGACUCAGGGCAGGAACUGCCGUGUUAACAGAUGACAGAAUACGUACAAUGAAUGAAGUCAUAUCUGGCAUUCGUGUUAUCAAGAUGUAUGGGUGGGAGGAGCCUUUUGGUGCGUUGGUGGAUGACAUCAGAAGAUUGGAAAUCUCUAAGAUCAUGAAGAGCUCUUAUCUGCGCAGCCUGAACAUGGCAUCUUUCUUUGUGGCCAACAAGAUCAUCAUCUUCAUCACUGUCUGUGUGUAUGUGCUGACAGGAAACAGGUUGUCUGCCAGCAGAGUGUUUAUGGCUGUUUCCCUCUAUGGGGCAGUCAGACUCACCAUCACCCUCUUCUUUCCUCUUGCCAUGGAAAAGAUCUCAGAGACUCUCAUCAGCAUUAGGAGAAUCAAAAAUUUUCUUCUGCUUGAUGAAGUUGCUCCUCACCAUCUGGGACUCCCUAUGACAGAGAAGACAGACUGCAUCGUGGAAAUUCAGGAUUUAAUAUGCUACUGGGAUCAGAUACUGGAGGCUCCAACUCUACAGAAUGUGUCAUUCACAGUGCGGCCUGAGCAGCUGCUUGCAGUAAUUGGACCUGUUGGUGCUGGAAAGUCCUCGCUGCUCAGUGCCAUCCUGGGAGAUCUGAGUCAGGAAAGUGGUGUGGUCAAAGUCAAAGGAGAGCUGAGCUACACUUCUCAGGAGCCCUGGAUUGUACCUGGUACGAUUCGAAGCAACAUCCUUUUUGGCAAAGAGCUCAAUCCGCAGAAGUACAAUAGAGUUCUAAGAGCCUGCGCCCUCAAAAGAGACAUGGACUUGUUACCCGGUGGUGACUUGGCAAUGGUUGGGGACAAAGGGGCCAAUCUCAGUGGGGGACAGAAGGCAAGAGUCAGCUUAGCCAGAGCAGUGUAUCAGGAUGCAGAUAUCUACUUACUGGAUGACCCUCUGAGCGCUGUGGAUGCUGAGGUGGGCAGACACCUCUUUGAAGAGUGCAUUUGUGGACUUCUGAAGAAGAAGCCCCGCAUCCUUGUUACUCACCAACUACAGUAUCUGAAGGCUGCAGACCAAAUUGUUGUCCUGAAAGAGGGCCAGAUGGUGGCACUGGGAACCUUUAAUGAGCUGCAGGGCUCUGGGCUAGACUUCACCUCCCUGCUUGAGGAGAAGGAAGUCCAGGAGGAGAGACUCUGCGCCACCCCCGUCCCUGGAAUUGUGUCCCGCUUCCAUCACACUCUCUCCAACAGCUCUCUGUCGUCCGUGUCCUCCCCUUCGUCCUCUCUGCACUCUCUGAUUGAGCAAGCAGAGCCACUUGCAGGUGUAGUGCAGCCGGCAGAGGUGGAAAGCCGCUCAGAGGGAAACGUCGGCCUACGUAUGUAUAUGAAGUAUUUCAAGGCAGGCGCUAACUUCCUGGUCCUCUUCAUUCUUUUUUUUCUCAAUGCCAUAGCACAUAUAACGUUUGUUCUUCAGGACUGGUGGCUGGCUUGCUGGGCCUCUGAACAGAAGCACAUCAAUGUGACAGAGCACCUCAAUGGCAGCUUCCCUCAACAGCUGGACCUUGACCUGUACCUAGGUGUUUACGCAGGUUUAACAGCCGCCUCAGUUCUGUUUGGCUUCCUCCGCAGCCUCGUCUUUUUUAACGUCCUGGUGAGCUCAGCCCAAACGCUACACACCAGCAUGUUUAAUGCCGUACUCCGGACCCCCAUACGCUUCUUCACUAUCAAUCCAAUUGGAAGAAUCCUCAACAGGUUUUCGAAGGACAUCGGUUACCUGGACUCUCUGCUCCCAUGGACGUUUGUGGACUUUAUCCAGGUAUUUCUCCAGGUCGUUGGGGUGGUCGCAGUGGCCGCUCUCGUCAUUCCCUGGAUCCUGAUUCUCCUUUUCCCACUUCUCACGGUCUUCCUGUUCCUACGACGCUACUUCCUGCAGACGUCCAGGGACAUCAAGCGCCUGGAGGCCACAACUCGAAGUCCCGUCUUCUCCCACCUUUCAGUCUCUCUUCAGGGCCUGAGCACCAUCCGCGCCUUCAGGGUUCAGCAGAGGUUUCAGCACAUGUUUGAUGAAUAUCAGGAUCGUCACUCAGAGGCCUGGUUCUUAUUCCUGACGACUUCUCGCUGGUUUGCUGUGCGCCUGGAUGGGAUCUGUUCUGUUUUCAUCACCAUUGCUGCCUUUGGCUGUCUGUACUUCCGAGAUGGGUUGCAGCCAGGUGCAGUGGGUCUGACUCUGUCCUAUGCUGUUACACUCACAGACAUGUUCCAGUGGGGUGUCAGACAGAGUGCAGAGAUCGAGAACAUGAUGACAUCAGUGGAGAGAGUGGUUGAGUAUGCAGAGCUGGAGAAAGAGGCACCUUUGGAGACAGACCGACAGCCUCCGCACGAUUGGCCCAACACAGGCUCCAUCAUCUUUGACAGAGUCAACUUCUCUUACAGUGCCAGGGAGCCAUUGGUCCUAAAGAACCUCAGUGUUGUGAUCACACCCGGAGAAAAGGUUGGCAUUGUUGGACGGACUGGUGCUGGCAAAAGCUCCCUGAUCUCAGCUUUGUUCCGUCUGGCAGAACCUGAGGGAAGAAUAGUCAUUGAUGGUGUUCUGACGUCUACAAUUGGUCUUCACACCCUUCGCCAGAAAAUGUCCAGCAUCCCACAGGACCCAGUUCUCUUCACGGGCACCAUGAGGAAGAAUCUGGACCCUUUCAGGCAGCACACAGAUGAGGACCUGUGGAAUGCACUCCAAGAGGUGCAGAUGAAGGCCGCGGUGGAGGAGCUGCCCAAUAAGCUGGAGACGGUGUUGACGGAGGCAGGCUCCAACCUCAGCAUGGGUCAGAGGCAACUGGUGUGUUUGGCCAGGGCCGUCCUGCAGAAGAACCGCAUCCUCAUCAUAGAUGAGGCCACGGCCAAUGUGGACCCAAGAACUGACAGCCUCAUCCAGCAGACUAUUCAGGACAAGUUUCAAGAGUGUACAGUCCUCACCAUUGCUCACAGGCUCAACACUAUUAUUGACUGUGACAGAAUACUGGUCCUGGAUGCUGGCAGCGUCCAGGAGUAUGACGAGCCAUAUGUGCUGCUCCAGAACCGCCGCGGGCUCUUCUACCAGAUGGUCCAGCAGACGGGCGAAGCCGAGGCUGCCUCGCUGCUGCGCGCAGCCAAACAGGUUCACGCAAACAAAACGCGGGCGACAGACGCCCGCUGUGCCAAGGACAUCUGUGUCAUCUUUGAGACGUCUCUCUGACAGUGUGGAGAGCUUCUGUGGCCCCUGUGCUUUCCGUCACUGACCGAAUCCUGUAUGAAAUGAAAGUGGUUCCUCCAGUGUACACAAAGGCUUCAGACUCCCAGCCUAACACACUCUGCGCUACACUUGACUGGUGCACUUCUUUAGCCUGGAAUAGAGAAAAGGAACGCAUCCGAGACGGGCUCUGCCUUUAUUGAUAGCACAUCACUACCCAGCUGGUUAUUGAUUACACUGUGCUGUAUUUAUGUAUGUGAGCUGUGGCCUCUUGGCCUCUUGAGUCCAGCGCUGGUGCAAACAGAGUUCAGAGGUUUGACACUAGUGUCCUGGUGUAAUACAUUAUGGGUGGAUUGCAUUACUCUUUUAAAGCAAAAGAAAACACUUGAUGACUUUUUAUUAUUUGCAAAAUGCUUGACAGUGUCAACCAAAGAGGAGACGAAAGCAAUUAUUGUUUCUUAAUCAAGCUAUAGAUUCCUCGUAAUUGCACUUGAACAGUCUUCCUGCAUAUUGACUGCAUCUGUCUCAUCUCUGGUCAGAAAAUCACUUUAAUGUAUUUACAGUGUCAUUGUGUCACAUGUGUGAAUAAAUGUGUCCUCACA